UAUGAAUAUUGUGAAGACAAUUAGAUAGGCAUUCUAAUUUUCAAGAGUCAGAUACUUUGUCUAAUAGAAGGACCCAAGAAUUAAUGCUGAUUAUCUUGACUCUAAAGAAACUAAAAUACCUAAUAUUUGUUCAAACCCAGAAAAAAUUAAUGAAGAAGGUGAAUAUUGCAAAGUUACAGUAUAAGGAAAAGAAGUCAAAUCAUAAGAAAAGUAAAUUUGAUUUAAUAAUCACAUAGAUUAAGAAUUAAAGCAAAACUUAAAAACUGUAAAGAAAUUAAUGGAGUCAUUGCAUAUAUUUGAU